AUGGCUAGUGAACGCCACAAGCCCAACGUGAUCACUUACAGUACUUUAAUACAUGGACUCUGUAAAGAAGGCAGACUUCGAGAAGCUUUAGAGAUUUUCGAUAGAAUGAAGCUUCAGGGAUUGAAACCGGAUGCAGGAUUAUACUGGAAAAUCAUAAGUGGCUUUUGUAAUGUUCAAAAGUUCCAGGAAGCAGCAAAUUUCCUUGAUGAGAUGGUUCUUGAGGGUAUCUCACCGAAUCGUCUAACAUGGAGCCUUCAUAUUAGAAUUCAUAAUACCGUAAUCCAAGGCCUCUUAACAGAAAGUGAUCCAAACCGAGCUUUUCAAUUAUAUUUAAGCAUGCGCACUAGGAGACUUUCUGUUGAGGCUAAAACUUAUAAUUAUCUGAUUACUUAUUUCUCUAAGAAAGGUGAUCUGCAUAAAGCUGCUCGUAUCACUGACGAGAUGGUGUUUGAUGGAUGUAUCCCUGAUGAGGAAAUAUGGACUGCCUUGGUUAGUGGAUUUUGGGAUCGAAGAAAGGUGCGUGAAGCUGCUGAGUUUGUACACGUUGAACUAAUGGGAAAAUCUGUUGAGGCUGGAAUGUAG